AUGUCAACAAAACCAACAAUUAAUAAAGAUGAAUUAGUUACAUUAUUCUCACAAAUUGGUUUAGAUUCAUCAAAAGCUAAAGAGACAACCAAUAAUGCAACUUUAUCAAGCAAUUUACAAGAGAUCAUUAAAGAAGCAGGUGCUGAAAGUGGUUGUGAAAAAUCUGUUGGUUUAUUAUUAUACACAUUAGCAACUAAAUAUCCAGCCAAUGCAAUGAAACAUCGUGCUACACUCGUUGACUAUAUUGCCAAUAAGAAAUCAGUAAACUCAAUCAAUUUGCAAGCAUGUUUAGAUUACCUCCGUCGUACUGCCAAUGAGGAAUUAAACGUAGCAGAAUUUGAGCAAUCAUGUGGUGUUGGUGUUGUAAUUACAAGAGAACAAGUCGCACAAGCCGUAUCAGAUUAUAUUAACAAAAAUAAGAGUGACCUCUUGGAGAAACGUUAUCAAUUCAAUAUUGGUGGUAUUUUAAUGGAGAUUAAAAAUAGUCUCAAAUGGGCAAACGCAAAAGAUAUCAAAGAAGAAGUCGAUGCUGCAAUUCUUUCACUCUUAGGUCCAAAAACCGAUGCUGAUAAAGCACCACCAGCAAAACCAGUUAAACCAACCACUCCAACUGCUGUUGCCACCACCACUGCUGCCACCACCACCACUGGUGAUUUAUCACCAAUUAUUCCAGCUGAAUUAAAACCAGCCAAAGAAGAAAUCAAAUUCCCAGAUCCAAGUGAUAACAUUCAAAACACACCAAAACUCUUGGCUGAUCAUUUGAAAACCACAGGUGGUAAAAUCGUUACUCGUUUCCCACCAGAACCAAAUGGUUAUCUCCACAUUGGUCAUGCUAAAGCAAUGCACUUAAAUUUUGGUUAUGCUAAAAAGAAUGGUGGUAAAUGUUAUCUUCGUUUCGAUGAUACAAAUCCAGAAAAAGAAAAUCAAGAAUAUAUUGAUUCAAUUAUUGAUUCUGUUAAAUGGUUAGGUCAUGAACCUUGUGAAAUUACAUAUUCAUCAUCACAAUUUGAUACACUUUAUGAAAUGGCAAAUGAAUUAAUUAGAAGAGGUUACGCAUAUGUAUGUCAUCAAACAGCAUCAGAAAUUUCAGAAGGUAGAGAGAAAAUGACAGAUUCACCAUACAGAAAUAGAACAGUCGAAGAGAAUCUUAAAUUAUUUGAAGAUAUGAGAUUAGGUAAAUUUGAAGAAGGUAAAGCCAUCCUUAGAAUGAAAGGUGAUAUGAAACAUCCAAAUCCAUGUAUGAGAGAUUUAAUUGCUUAUCGUAUCAAAUAUCAUCAUCAUCCAAUGAGUGGUGAUAAAUGGUGUAUCUAUCCAUCCUAUGAUUACACUCAUUGUUUAGUCGAUUCAAUUGAAAAUAUCACUCAUUCACUCUGUACUUUGGAAUUUGAAAUUAGACGUUUAACUUAUAAUUGGUUAAUUGAUGUACUCGGACUCUAUAGACCAGUAGUUUGGGAAUAUGCAAGAUUAAAUUUAACUCAUACAGUUUUAUCAAAAAGAAAGAUUAUUACUUUAGUUCAAAAUAAAAUUGUAAAUGGUUGGGAUGAUCCAAGAUUAAGUACAUUAAAUGCAUUCCGUAGAAAAGGUUAUACACCAGAAGCAAUUAAUUUAUUAUGUGAUACAAUUGGUGUAACACGUACUAAUGGUACAACCAUUUCAUAUGAAUUAUUAGAGUUAUGUUGUCGUCAAGAUCUUGAUGGUAAGGCAACUCGUGCAAUGGCAGUUUUCGAUCCAAUCAAAGUUGUCAUCACCAAUUAUCCAGAAGAUAAGAGUGAAGAGAUCAAUGCACCAAAUAUUCCAUCAAAACCAGAGAAAGGAACUCACAAAAUCGAUUUCUCACGUAUUGUUUACAUUGAGAGAAGUGAUUUCCGUAUGGAGGAUAAUAAAGAUUUCUUUGGUUUAGCACCAGGUAAAGAGAUUCUCCUCAAAUAUGCUUACAAUAUCAAAUGUGAAAAAGUUAUUCAAGAUGCCGAUGGUAAAGUCACUGAACUUCAUGUAACCUACGAUAAAGAUAAUAGCUCAAAGAAAUUAAAGACCAUUCAUUGGGUUUCCUCUGUCGCUGGUACUGAACCAAUGAAGGCCGAAGUUAGACUCUAUGAACAUCUCUUUAAGGAUUCAGAAAUCGGUGAUGAUUGGUUAAACAAUAUCAAUCCAAAUUCAUUACGUAUCAUUCCAAACGCCUUCAUCGAUAAAACUGUAUUGGCUUCAAAAGAAUAUGAUCGUUAUCAAUUUGAAAGAGUUGGCUACUUUGUUGUCGAUAAAGAUACUACCUCUGAUAAAAUGGUUUUCAAUAGAACAGUUUCAUUAAAAGAAAAUAAAGAAAAAUCAAAAUCAAGAAAUUAA